AAUCAUGGCUUUCUCUUCUCUGUGUUUGGCAUUCACGGGGUUCUUCUUUCUACUGCUUGCCUCUCCAUUAUCAGGUUUCGGAAUUUUACCGGCUGAAGUCUAUAGAGGACGAACUGAAAAAUAUUCAGAUAGUAUUUUCAACAAUGUGGAAAGUCUUCAGAAAGAGAUAGAGAAUGUAGAGUUUAUCAUCAAAGAAUAUAACACGUCCGUUAAAGGAGCUAUAGACCGGCUGAAAAUGGAUCAGUACAACAUCGAAAUUUUGCAAAAAAAUUUGGAAACACGUGCCACAAAACGUAGUACAACGAUCACUGAGUUUGUGAAGUGUCUGAACGAAACUUCUGAAGACUACUACUUACUGGUGACUUACAGAAGCCUUGCAUACAACAUCCGAAACGUGACUACGUCAUAUGGGGGUUUCUUCGACAUAAAAACGCAGGAUAAUCCUCUAUGGAAUAAAUCGCUAAACAUGGGGGAUAAAUUGAAUCUUCGUCAACCCCUAGAUUUCACAGUUUGUGAUAAGCAUCUGUCGAUUGAACGCACUGAAGAAACAGAUGAUCUACGUGGUUGGAUAGAGCACAGGGCUAAGACUGAAGUUGAUAAACUGACAAGUGGUGAAAUCAUGUCAAUUUAUGAGAACGUUUUGAAAAAUAUGCAGAAUAAACAACAAGCACUAUCAUAACUGUGAGAUGGACGCAUCUAUUCAACUGUAUUCAAGAAGUAUUUGAAGACAACAUGAUUUUUCUAUUUUCUUUUACUUGAUUAAACUUUAGUAUUCACAGUUAUUGGUAGCCGUAGUUUUAGUAGUAGUGAUAUACGUAAUAAUAAUAUUAAUUAUAAUAAUAAAAGUAAUGAUAAUGAUA